CUUGCGCAGACUGGGUACUGUACAUGGCCAUUGAUGCUGCUGGAUAGAUGUAGCCCCUGAUGUAAAUAAGAAUGGCGAGGGCAGCGGGUAUAACAUGCCGCGUUAUCUCUGCUUGACAUCGGAACAUUUUAUGCCACCAUCGGGAUUGUAUAAAACGCGGGGGCCUUUUCUCGUUUUAAUCUGAAUCUGCCUUGACAGCUCGCCUGAUGAUUUUUAUUUGACACAAGAGCCAAAGCAGACGGGCGGCUUCUUCUAAUAAACACUCGGGAAAAACAGGUCAUUAUGACCUUAGUAUCCUCCAGUAAAAGAAAACCAUCGGAUUGCUUUUACGCGGCAGCAUUCUGCUUGCUUUUUUUGCUUUGGAUUUCGUGUGCUGUGUCCGGAGAGGAGGAUCAUCAGUUCAGCGUUGAGGGAUGGCUACAGAGGUAUGGCUACCUUCCCCGCACAGAACCGGGAAUGUCUGUCCUGCGCUCGGCCCAAACCAUGCACUCAGCCAUUGCUGCCAUGCAGCGCGUCUAUGGUCUCAAUGUCACAGGGACACUGGAUGAGAAAACCAAGGAUGAUAUCACGCUGAGUUGGAUGCAAAAGCCUCGCUGUGGCGUUCCGGACAAAUUUAAAAGUGCUGCGAGGUCACGGAAGCGGAGAUACGCGCUGACAGGACAGAAGUGGCAGCGUACACACAUCACCUACAGCAUAAAAAAUGUCACACCAAAGGUGGGCGCCCGAGAGACUCACGAUGCCAUCCGGCGAGCGUUUGACGUGUGGCAGGGUGUGACUCCCCUUCGCUUUGAGGCUGUUCCAUACAGCGCACUUGAGACUGGCAGGCGUGACGUGGACAUCACCAUCAUCUUCGCUUCGGGUUUUCACGGUGACAGCUCACCCUUCGACGGGGAGGGAGGAUUCCUCGCCCACGCUUAUUUCCCGGGCCCAGGCAUAGGAGGGGACACACACUUUGACUCAGAUGAGCCCUGGACCCUUGGGAACCCCAACCACGAUGGUAACGACCUGUUCUUGGUUGCCGUGCACGAGCUGGGCCACGCCCUCGGUCUGGAACACUCUAACGAUCCCACGGCUAUCAUGGCUCCUUUCUAUCAGUACAUGGACACAGAGAACUUCAAACUACCUCACGAUGACCUACAGGGCAUCCAGAAAAUAUAUGGUCCACCAGAUAGAGCACCGCAGCCUACCAGGCCCCCACCCACGGUCCCUCCUCCUCGCUUCCACCCUCCCACAGACCCCCGUAAGCAUGACCGCCAUGCCAGACCCCAUCGCCCUCCGCAGUCCGCCAAGCCGUCCAACCCCAACUCCAAACCCAAUAUCUGCGAUGGAGGCUUCAACACCCUGGCCAUCCUCCGGCAGGAGCUUUUUGUGUUCAAGGACCAGUGGUUUUGGAGGGUACGGGACAACUCAGUAGUCCCUGGCUAUCCCAUGCAGAUCAACUACUUCUGGAAAGGCUUGCCUCCGAAAAUUGAUGCUGUGUAUGAAAACAGCGAAGGGAAGUUUGUAUUUUUCAAAGGAAACCGUUUCUGGGUCUUCAAGGACACGACUCUCCAGCCUUCGUACCCUCAGGACAUCUCGCUUUUCGGGAGCGGCAUGCCCACUCAGAGUAUCGAGACAGCUGUCUGGUGGGAGGAUGUCGCCAAAACCUACUUCUUCAAAGGAGACAGGUACUGGAGGUACAAUGAGGACAUGAGGACCAUGGAUCCAGGUUAUCCCAAACCUAUCACCAUCUGGAAGGGCAUUCCGGACUCUCCACAGGGGGCUUUUGUGGAUAAGGCCAACGAUUCUGAGAGACAUCAGAAUCAGAAUCAGCAUUAUUGGCCAGGCUUUACCUACUUUUACAAGGGGAAGGAAUACUGGAAGUUCAACAACCAGCUGCUUCGUGUGGAGCCUGGCUACCCGAGGUCCAUCCUGAGGGACUUCAUGGGCUGUGACAGUCUACCUGCCGACCCCGACUGGGACUGGAAUCCCCCGGUGGCGGAGGAACGCCAUUACGACAAUGGUGACGUGGACGUUGUCAUCAAACUGGACAGCACGGGGGGCACGGAGAAGGCAGUGGCCAUCGCUAUCCCUUGUGUCCUGGCGCUGUGCAUGAUGGUCCUCCUCUACACCGUUUUCCAGUUCAGGCGGAAGAGCACACAGCGCCACAUACUGUACUGCAAGCGCUCCAUGCAGGAGUGGGUCUGAGGGAAUGUUACGGCACUGUAUAGAGAGGGGUGUGAUGCUCUGAUAGAGGUCUAGUUAUUACUUGAAGCCCUAAGUACAGUAAUUGGAAGCACUGUAAAGGGUACGGUACAUAAGGAUUGCCAUGUUGGCAGAUUUUAAAACAGCUUGAACUCAUAACAAGCUGCAAGGAAGCGAAACGAUCAGCAGAACUCAACUGAAGACAGUAAGGGAGCCACAUCUCCGGUGUCCAACUAAUAUGUAUGUAACUGCUUUGACUUUUUUCUGUAUCUUGGAAUGAACUCAAUUAAAUGAGACAGAGUUAAGCUACUGUAAGUGGGACCUUUGUCUAUCCUCGUCUCUGCACGCCGCUUAAAAAGCCCCUAGCACUAACUUCAGUGGACAAAUUAGAUAUAGGCUUCUACUUUACUUUAAUUUCUUAAUUAAAUCGCUCUGAGCUGUGCUUUUUUAUUUUUAUUUUUCAUUUACCGUCCCUGUAAAAGAUUAUUCAUUGUGUGGAGGACUGAUACACAAACCAAAUAUGACCUUUUCUUCCAAAGAGGAUUACUGCUCGAUGUUGUUUUUGAUGGGAUGUUUUUCCUCCAUGGAUCGAACAUUGUGGCAUCAUACUCAGAUUUUCUUUUGCCAUUUGGUAUUCGCAUCCACCCGUCUGCUCUGUAAUCUGUGGGGAUAGGAAGCAGCAGUUAGUAAGAGCUAGGAACUCAAGACUGGUGUGGCAGUGUUUCUCCAAAACGGGGGCCAAAAACCUCUCUGCAAUAUUUAUGAGACUGCCUUAAUCACAGAUUGCUUGAACUCCCUUCUCUUUCUCUCUGUUUCUCUGGUGUGGACGCUGGAUACUGAGUGACACGGUAGGAAUACAAACAGUGUAUAAAGGCAUUAAUUACUGCCCAUAAUGCAACUUCAAAACCAGUUGUUACAGAAGGUUUAGAUCCACAAAGGGUUCCUCGCUCUUGAAAAUGUGCUAAGCAGUGCUAAAUACCUGAUGGCAAGCAGGCUAUUAGCUUUCAUUUACUGCCUCACCGGAGGGUAUGAGAGAGAAAGGGAAGGUUAGUUGUGUGUGUGUGUGAAAGAGACAGUAAUUACCUACACUAUAUAUGUACUGUACUGUACUGUAGUGUCAGUUAUUGAACAGCUAACAUCCUGCUUCCCUUUUUUUUUCCCUGCCAAGUUUGGACAUUAAUACUCCAAACGAUGUCAGUCCAUUCAUUUUAAACGGCUUUUGUUUUCAACUUUUGUACAAGGUUUGUAAGUUUACAUAAUAUUUCACAUAGGACACAGAGAGCUAGGGGAGAAGAGAGAAAAGGAGAGGGGGGGGGGGGAAUUACAUUUUUUAAAAUAAGACGCAUACAGUAUUUCUCAUUUAAAAAGUAAUCAUCAUUACAACUCUUGUUAUCAAAAGCGCAUCAGCCUUGUUUCAGCGUCCAGUGCUUUUGCCCCAGAUUGCUCCAUCUUCUCACUAAGUUGGUGCAAUGCAAAGUGAAACAAUUGUUGUAAAGAAGAAAACACACGUCUAAAACAAUAACGCAGAAUUAAAGAAACGUAUUGUUGUCUGGAUUCUGGAUGUCAGGAAAAAAAGGUUCAACCUGUGUUGUUUUAAUGCGCUGUAAAAACUAUACUAUUAACAAAUUACUAAUACACGCUCGUAGAACUACUCUAAAAUUGGAACUAACAGGCAUAUUGUAAAAACCAAAACUAAAUUAUUUUACAUAUAUAUAUAUAUCAUGAUCUAUGAUGUUGCAGUUUAAUCAGCUGACAAACUAUGAGAAACAAUUAAGUGAUAUAAAGCUAAACAAAAGGCAAACUCUCUGUGGUGACAUGGAGCUUUUCUUUCCCCAUGUGUUGUAUUAUAAAUACAAUACACAGCCUGGAUCCUAAUGAAAUAUAUCAUCCUGCAAAUGCCUUUGAUUGCUGCCAUACAUGUAACAAUGUGGUUGUGUGGUGGAGAGUUUCUCAGAGUUUGCCGGAUGACCUGUCAGUGAGCAUUCAUCAUGUGAUUCUUUUUUUUUUGUUCUUCCUUAUAUAUAUAUUUGUGCUCCUUGAUUUUGUUACUCUUAUACUUGAAAUGGUCAUCGACAUCAACUGUACAGGAUAUCUGACACAAUCUUCCUUUGAUAUCAAGACGAUUUUAUGCCAUAUCACAGAAGGAAAUUAAGAGAUUUUAAAAUGUCUAUAAUCUAUGAAUUAUCUACAGAAGGGUUGAAGGGUCACGAUUGAUGGGUUGAACCUCGAUUUAGAUGUGGGUUUUAUCUGGUCAUCGUUCGUAAGGGAUGAAAACUUACAUAAGGGCAAUGCAUGCCGUCGUUAAACUAAGAUGUCAUUCUUUUGUGGAUCAUUCAGACACUCUUCUAUGAUUCAGUCUCUCCCAUUGUGGUGAAAUGAAGCGACUGAUCAGCACUGCAGGUUUCUGUUGGAUGCAUUGAAACAUCCAAACUGUCAUCUUUCAUAAACCAUGUGAAAUGACUCGCUUCCAAAUCUUCAGGCGAUUGUUAAAACUGAUGAAAGAAGAUGCACACCUUUUAAAGGCGGGAACAUCUUUUUGCUUUCCUAAAGCUGAAUGACAGCACAUAUCGGUCCAUGUUGAUCCACGUCCCACUGUAAUUUAAGGUGGAAGCAGAAACAUUUGGCUCAGUGUUGUGUGUGAUGUCUUAUCAGUUUUGUGUGUUUGUGAUGAGUGUCUGAUGGCUCCAGCGAGAGUGAAUUAAAGACGGCCACUGAGGCAAGUCGGUACUGUAUUUAUUGCCGUAUUUAUUCCUCUUUGCUCAGCACUACAAAUCUUGCAUUGCAUUGUACUGAGGGCAAGAAGCUGUCAAUAAAGUGGGUUUGAAAUGCGAUGUUUUUUUUUUUUUUCUACCACUACCAAGUAAUUCUCCUCCUUCUGUUACUGCCUAAACAACAAAACAAUUCAACUGGAGUGAAUGCUUUUCCAUCUUUUGAAAGAUAAAUCACAAACUUAAAAAGGUUACAUAUUUGAAAUGCUCUUUUCAACACCUGAAUCACUUGAAUGACUUGACAUUUUUAGAUGUGAAUUUAGUGCAAGUGGUAAGUCUCCGCUCUGACCUGUCCCUGUUUAUCUCCAGACUCCUCCGAGGUUUUUCCAGUCUGCCUUGACACACGCUGCUUAGCAUUCAACUCAUUUGGAGUGUCGUUAAAGAAAGUAGAUGGGGCCGAUUAGACAGCGGUCGAUACACCAGAGAGACAAGAGUGCGGAAGAAACAGGGAGCAUUUCGCAAUCAUUGCAGUCAAAAGCUUGUACACAGAUACAUGCAGUAUAUAUACUUCAAGGCAUAUGUAUGAGAAGUAAACAUAUUGCAUUAUAUGUACAUAAAGAGUGUAUAUUGUCUGCUUGGGAGGAUUUUUGUUUUAAGGCCAUUCAUUCCAUGGAUAAAGAAAAUGCUGUGUGUUGUAAAUAAAACAAGUGCAUAAUGAGUGUC